AACAAUGUUUUGUAAAGCAAUACAUGUAUUGAAUGAAUGAAUGAGUGAAUGAACAACACGUUGUUGUUGUUGUUGUCUUCAUAUUAUUGUCAAUCAAUCGGAUCCACAAAAAUCUGUUUUGUAGACCAAUUACCAGACUAUAUAUCUUUUGGAGAUAAUGUCCGCAUCGGCUGUCGAUAUGGAACUGAAAAAGGCUUUCCAAGAACUACAGGUUCAAGUGAUUGAAACUCGCAAUAAAGUCAAACAAAUUGACGUCCAAUUGGAUGGACUGAAGAGAUCGUCACAACACUCGAAGAUUACUAUCCAAGAACUGAAUGGUCUGCCGGACGAUACAAAAAUGUAUGAAUCAAUUGGCCGUAUGUUUGUCUUGAGAGACAAGUCAACGAUCAAUCAAUUGCUCGAUCAGAGGAUUACCGGCAACGAAGAAAAGUGUCAACAAUUAAUGGCCAACAAGUCGUACAACGAUAACAAAGUAAAAGAAUCGGAAAACAAUUUACGGGAAUUGAUUAACACUAAAAAACUUACACAAUAAUGGCAUUUGGCCGAAGACACACCCGAUUAUAGUGUGGUCAUCGGUGGACACACACACACACACACACUGAGACACAAAGAUUAUAUCAUAUCUGUUAUGAUUAUCAAGUGGUGUGUCUUAUCUAUCAAAUAAUAUAUAA